AUGGCUAAGCGAGGUCGCGGUGGUGCCUCUGGCAACAAGCUCAAGAUGACUCUCGGUCUUCCAGUGGGAGCCGUCAUGUCAUGCGCAGACAACUCAGGCGCUCGAAACCUGUACAUCAUCUCCGUCAAGGGUAUCGGUGCACGAUUGAACAGACUGCCUGCUGCCGGUGUCGGUGAUAUGGUUAUGGCAACUGUGAAAAAGGGAAAGCCUGAAUUGAGAAAGAAAGUCAUGCCAGCCGUGGUUGUGCGACAAUCGAAGCCUUGGAGACGGUCCGACGGAAUUUACCUCUACUUCGAAGACAAUGCUGGUGUCAUUGUCAACCCCAAGGGAGAAAUGAAGGGCAGUGCUAUCACUGGACCCGUAGGAAAGGAGGCGGCUGAACUAUGGCCCAGAAUAGCCAGCAACAGCGGUGUGGUGAUGUAA